AUGGCAGCCGACGUUUGCGCUGAGCAGCUACCAUCAACAUCAUAUGCUACCACGGCGACAAUUUCACCGUCCUCAAACACAUCAAUCAUGCAAGCUUCACAAGCAAUAAUCAAGGUAGCAACUUCUUCCACCACUCUUCUCCUCGGAUCAUAUCAUAUGAGUGAAAAUACAUCGCCAAUCUCAUUUAACAAUCAUCAGGAUGAUGAAAAAGCUGGAACAGCAUUUGCAAUAUCAUUAUUACCACCUGAAAUACAUUUGCAUAUUUUGAAACAUUUACCACGAUACGAUAUUGAUAAUUGUCGAUUUGUUUGCAAAAGAUGGAAGGAAAUGAUCGAUCGUAAUAGUCAUUCACUCAGGAAACAUCUCAUACAAAUGCUCGAACUUCGAGAAUAUAAAUCUCGAUUCAUCCUAACUUUAAAUUGUUCAAAUCUUCUAAAAAGUUGGACAUUUUGCGAACAUAUUGCCACUCGUCCGUCUUUUGGCCUUGGAAAACGUCGACCAAAAUUACCUCAUUUACUCAUUUAUAUGGGACAGACUUCAUCGUCUAAUUCUUAUUUACCAGUCUUAGUGCCAAACCCAUCAAAUGAUAGUAAUUGGCAUACGGAGGAUCACAAUGAGCGAAAACAACGAGAACAUACGCCAUCGCAAUUAUUAUGCGAACGAUUAGCGAAAUAUUUUCGUGAAACGGAUAUUCAUUUCUUAAGAUUAACUGAAUUACGAUUUACGGAUAAUUUCAUUGACCGACUUUUAGAAACUUUUGGAACAUGUAAAAUACGUUGUAAAAAAGUGGAAAUAAGUAUGUGUAAGCUAAAUUAUGUGUCACCAAAAAAAUUCCAUCAAUUUCUUCAAUUAAUUGAAUGUGAUAAAUUAUCACUUAUUUGGUUACGCGGUAAUCAUGAACAUAUAAUCAAUUCUCAACAAUUUCUUUCUGAAUUUCUUGGCCUCAGCUUUUUGAGUAUUUUUGCGCUUACACCACAAAUAGCUAUCGGUGAUGAUGAAUUCUUGGCUAAAUUUUUGGAAGGUAAAGCGACGAAAUAUUUGGAAGAAACAAUACUUCGAAUAGACAACAGCUUAAUCACUACAAAUGGAUUCUGUCAAGCAAUUGAUAAAUGGAAACAGACUAAUACACAUUGGAUUUUGAAUAUUUGCAUUGGUUCAGAAUACAUUGUUAUUGAUGAAAUUUUGAAACAUUUAUCAUUGAAUGAAAGUAAGCCACGGCAAGGUGCAUUCCGGAUAACUCAUCCACAAUUACCGGAUGAAACACUUUUGCUGUGGAGUGAUAAGGAUGGUGUACAUAUAGCUAGCAAUGCAAAUUCAGUUUCCGGAUUGUAA